CUCAAAUAAUUAGGUUUUGCAAAAGUAGCCGCCACCUCCCCAUGGCGGUUGUUCCCAGACCGGCUCAGGUCCAGGCAUCCAGGCUCAGCGUCUAGGGACCAGCCCCAGCCCUAGCCCCUAGCCCUGGCGGCCGGCGUGGCGGCACACAGUGCCCGGCGCCUUCGUCCACUUCCCGGCCCGGCGUGACGUUGGCCCGGGCGCCUCGCCCAUUCGAUUUCGUCUUCCGGUGCAGCACAGGCGAGAAGCGCACUCAGCUCGACGACCCGACCCGUCGAUCGCCGCUCCCUUCCAUCAAGGCAAGUAGUCAGGAAGGAAGAAAAUCCAUUGGUGGCGCAGUCCUAGGAUCAGCACAAAGAUGCCUCCUGGUCGUGAGAAGGUUGGAGUCAAAAGGCCACAUGGACCUCAGCUAUCAGAACCACCAUUGCAUCCAUACGAACAACUGCGUCUAAGACAAUGUAUGAGGAAUAAUUCAAGGCUACAACAAUUAGGAAUCCCUGCUUUAUCAAGCAUGCUUGCAAGCACAAAUUCUAUUUCUCAGAGGAAUAGGCCAAGUCAUAGAAAUAGUGAGGACUCUGAGUCUGAUUAUGAUAUUUCACAAGAUGAGACUGGUGAUGACAAUGUUAAGGGCUCAAAGGAAUGUAACAUAAGAACUACUGAUAAUUCGCUUGGUGCAAUCAAGCUCUGCUCUAAGAGAGUUUUUGCGCAGCAAGAAACUACUAGAAUUACAAGGUCAAAGAAAAAUAUUGCUCAACCUGAUGCAACUCUUACACCAAGGCACAACAUUGAUUACCACACACAGGGUAUAGUUGAAGCUAAUGGCCAUGCCCAUUUGGAUGAGAACACUAACAUGACCAAUGAAGGUCAUGUUGCUCCUUUUGAUGGGAAGAACCCUACAGGCAAUGAAGAUAAUGUGGAUGUCCUAGCUGAUAACAACAGGACGAUUGGAGGUCAAGUUGAUGACACUAAUCAGAUGUCGAACAGAGAUUUAGAAUUAGGUCAGAAUGAUCGGUGGGAAAGGGGAAUCAAUAUGGGACAUGGUCUUCAUAGAAUUAACCGAGGUUUGCGUGGAAAGUUGCAAGUUGUUAUUCCUGAAGGGAAGAUAAGGCCUAUGGCACCACUUGUUGCUGCUAAGUUUGCAACUGAAUGCAACAUUUCUGUGAGGAACCAUGUGCCAGUGUUCAAACAUUGGAAGGAUUACAAGAACCAUUCAGGCCUAUUCAAUCUAUUUACAGGAAAACUUAGUGCAAAGUUUGACAUUAACACAAGUGAUGCACCAGUUCAAAAGGCUUGUUCCCAGAUGAUGAAGAGUGCGGUUCGACAACAACGAUACCGGCUCAAGAAAAAGUACUUUGAUCCUUUUCCGCUACAUCUAGUGGCAAAAAAAUCUCCAAUCAGAUCUAUGACUGAUGAAGAGUGGAAUGAACUUGUGGAGUAUUGGAAGAGUCCAAAAAAGUGGUAUACAUCUCAAAAAAACAAAGAGAAUCGAUCCAAAGUUAAAUUCCAUCAAACAACUGGCUCUCGUAGCUACAUGGUUCAUGUAGAAAAUUUGGGAGAUAAAUACAUUGAUCAAGAACCUGAUGCACUGGAUUUAUUUAAGGAGUGUCACUACAGCAAGAUAAAGAAAUGCUAUUCAUCUUCUGUUCAACAAGUUAUAACUGAAAUAGAAAACAAGUGGUCUACACCAACAGAAGGUGAACAAGAAAUGUCGGUGACUGAAGUUGUUGCUGAUGUACUUGCUCAAAAUACAAAGAAAAAUUUGUUCCUUCAAAAUGUGGGGAUACAAAGUGCUUAUCCAAGGUCUAGUGUAAGAAAUAUCGAAGCACAACUUGAAGUAGAGAAGAGAGCAAAUAGUGCUCUUCGAUCUGUUGUCAACACCCAACGGGAGGAACUAGAAGUAUUGUCAAAGCAAAUGCAUGAAGCAGAAGAGUCACGGAUCAAGGAGCAAGAGGAAAUGAAGAAGAGGCAAGUUGAGAUGGAAGCAGAGAUGAAGAAGAGGCAAGCUUCCAUGGAUGCCAAGCUCCAACUUUUGUUUAGUAAAAUUCAACCACGUUAGUUGCAUGUGUGGUAUGUGAAGUCAGGUUCAAUAUAGGUUUUGGUGUUGUAGUCUUAUGUUAUUACUGUGAUGGAGUGACUUUGGAUGGCAACUUGAUUUGUGUUGGAAUGAUAUUGGUUGGCAAUUUUAUCCUUGUGAUGUUAUUAUA